AUGAAUCCCGAGGAUCCCUCUAGCGGGUUCCGGCAUGACAAGGUGUUAACGUUCAUCAACGAGCAAAUGUCCAAGCAACCAGAAGGCUCUGCGUUCUACCAAGAGAACCUGUCCCUGUCCUGGGAGGAGGUGGAAGAAAAGCUCCGACUCCUCCUGGAGGAUAACGAGAUGCCUAGCCAGGCUCAGGAAGCCUGUGCCUGGGGUGGCCUGGCCCUGGGUGUUCGCUUUGCUUGGAGGCAAGGCCACUUGCUAAGGCGCCGGGUGCAGUGGCUGCACGACUUCGCCUCCCUGCACCGGUCAGCGGCACAUGCCUUGGCAUCGGACCUGAAGAAGCUCACAGACCAGCAAGAGAUGGAGCGCAAGGAGGCGGCCUUCCAGCUUCAACUGGCCCAUACCAGACUGGCGGAGUUGCAGAGAGAGCGGGACCUGAUGAGACUGAAGCUCCUACACACAGAGCUGAGGGCCUUUCCAGUUGGAGAGAUGUCAGGCGCGACUAGAGCCCCUGCUACUGCUGGAGCAGCAAAAGCAGAAACACAAAAUGCAGGAGAGACAGAAGAGGUGACAGCUAGUGAUAGAGCAGUGGGUGAGCCAGAAAAGGAGGUAGCCAUGGCUGCCCCCAGGGAGCUGGAAGGCACAGGAGAGCUGGGAGGAAGCAUUGCGGGUCACUUUGGAGUUAUGGAUUGGAAAGAUUAUGGAAUUCUGAAAGCCUAUAGAUUAUGCCAGCACCAGAUGCAAACAAGGACUUCUGUGACUGUACAGCCUCUUAAGAGAACGCUUCCAUAUUCCCCAGUGGGCAUACCAUGGACAGGUCUGAACAGGAAACUCCACUAA